CUAAUGUGUCGAGCCUCUCGCUUUCCAAAUGCAUAAAUAUACUACAGUUGGUGAUGUAGAGGUGUAGUUUAGUUGGUAUCAGUGAGAACAAUAUGAAUUCUCUUUUUAAAAACUAUUUGCUCACGUUCAGUCUGCUUAUAUAUGGCUUUGGGAUAUGUUAUGUGUGUUCUUGCAGGAGUGACUACAUCAAAAACGGAACCAGAUGCUACAAACAUUUUCCGACUCAAGUAACAUGGGAACAAGCUAACACCACUUGUACACACGAUAAUGCAUAUCUGAUCAAAAUAGAUGAUGUGAAUGAAUUUAAGCUAUUGCAAUCAAUUCAAGCAGCAGGUACGGGAAGACAUAUUUGGGUUGGUGCAAGAAGGAAACCAGGCAUGACAAUUAUAAAAUGGUUAGAUGGGGAUAAUGUCAGUCAGUUCUGGGACAACGGCGAACCAAAUGAUGUCCGAGAAGAAUGUGUUGAACUUUAUCAUUAUAACUAUCCUGCAUCGCUGAACGAUUUGCAAUGUGAAAAGGAACUUCCGUUCGUAUGCGAAGGUCAAUGCAGAGGUGACUACACAAUAAAUGGGACCAUAUGCUCCAAAUACUUUGCGGAUGCAGUAUCCUGGGAAGGCGCGAACAGACGAUGCAAACGGGAUAAUUCCACUCUAUUCAAAAUGGAUACAAGAAAUACACUUUCGCUAUUACAAUCAAUAAUUACCAACAACGUUGUACGUCGGAUUUGGGUUGGAGCAAGAAGAAAAUCUAACACAAAUGAAUUUCAAUGGAUCAAUGGAGCAAGUGUCAGUCAGUUCUGGAAAAACGGAGAGCCAAAUAAUCAAGGUGGCGAUGAAAAUUGCGUGAACUUGGGGAUUGGCGCUGGAUUUUUAAAUGAUAGGUCUUGCUCAGAAAAUAAUGCGUUUGUAUGUGAAGCUCAAGACACAUCUGUACUAUUAACGACACCAGGCGUCACAAGCAAGGGGGCACCGCAAAACACAUUUGGUCUUGUAACGAAACGAUAUGUACUAUUAACGACACCAGGCGUCACACGCAAGGCGGCAGCGCAUGACAAAUCUGAUGUUGUUACAAAACCAUCUCUACUAUUAACGACACCAGGCGUCGCAAGCGAUGGGGCACCGGAAGACAAAUCUGAUACGACGUUACUAGCCGUUAAAAUAGCUGUUCCGUUGGUCGUCGGUCUGCUUAGUGGAGCUCUAACGGCGGUUGUCUGUAUUUACUUGAAGCGAAAGAAACGCCAAACGUCCUCCGAUGGAGAUCAUACAACAGCCGCCAACUCAGCAGCAUCUGAACAUGCUUAUUACUUUUCACCUAUUGACAACGAAUGCCACGAGUAUGAGACUGUCAAAUAAGUACACACAGCUCUUAAAUCAGAGCUUGACAUUUUCAUUUAGUUUUAUGCACAACAUAGCGUUGUCAUUAAAACCAUAUAUACUAUUCUAUUUAAGUAUUCAUACGAUAGUUGUUACCUGGCUCUCACUUAGUUUUGCCCAAAAUUCGGAUUCCGUCGUAAGACACAAGAUAAACACGAGGAUAUGCAUGUCACACAUUUGACUAGUUAAAACAAUAAAAACAGCGGCUAUCCAAUUACAGUGAUAUUGUGUUCAAUACAUUAAUUUUAGUCUUCUAAACCGAAUAUCGGGGCUUUAAGCAAUAAUGUUUUCAAUGUUUAUUCAAUGACACUGAUACUACUUCAGAUGAAAGCUGUUUAACAUAUUCAUAUUGUAUUUAAAACAAAAUACAUAUUAGAGUCUGAAACUAGAUAACGACGAAGCGGCUUUUCUCUGUUAACAUAAGGCAAUCGGUUAAUGUUGGACACCGGCCGUUGAAUACCAGUAUUCUUAGAUCUGUUCAAACAUCCGUACCAAACAUACACGAUAUCCUUUAUAUUCAUUAAGAAUUGGCGACGAUAAUUGUAAAUUUCAUCGCAAAAUUUAUAAAAGCCAUGUUAACGAUACCGUAGAUUACCAACAGUAUUUGUUUUUAAUAUAAUCCCGUACAUAUAGCGUUCAUAUAUUACAAGGAACUUAAUUCUACAAGACCAGGAGCUACGUGCGAACAAUCCGAACAAUUUUAGUUUAGGCUAUGAUUUAAACUUCGUUUUUUGAUUUGUAUAAGAUUUAAUACGAAUAAAAACGAAGAUGUUAAAAUAAUUUUAAAACACUUGAUAUCGUAGAAUCAACAGAAAUAGACAACAUGGCGCAAACGAAUUGCCGUCGCAUAGAACACAAAUUUAAAAUUGUAUUUUUGUCAUGCAUACAUACAUUUUCUGGUAGUUUUGUUAUAGUUAGAAUGACUUUAAUGUGCUUAAGUUGUUGGUGUCUUUUCCGCAAUCUCAGCAUUUUUGAAACGUAUUUGCAAAAUAUUGAAUGUCAUUAAAUAGUAGUACAACUUUUAUACAUAUCGCGUAUUAUUUAAAUUUAAACUAAUCAUGCUUAUAGGCCAGAAAAACAUUUCCCGGAGUACUGAAAACAAUUUUAAAAAACGAUUUAAAGGAAUGAUAUAAUAUCUAUAUUAUAUACUACUUUGAUUGUUAUUAAUUGAUACCUUAUUCAUUCAGGUAAUCCAUAAAUGUUUAUGGUGCUGCAUACGGUGCAUGUCUCUUUUAUGUAGAUCCACAUUAGUUUUACGAUGAAUGAGCAUGGGCUUUGACCAAUGUUUUUUGUUAGCCUUAAGUUAAGUCUUUUCAGAGCUUUACCUCUAUAAAUAGAUUAUAUAACAUUUAUUGCGAAAAUUUGAAAAAUAAUUACCCUGAUGUAUGAUAUCAAAGCAUCUUUAUUAUAUAAUCAAUUGAUCUUUUGCAAGGGUUUGAGUUCCUGACAUACCAGCCUAUGGCUAUUCACUAAAGUAUUAUUAUAUUUUGAUGUAUGUUUGAUGUUGUAAUUGUUUGUAUACCGAUUUUAUUAUGUAAAACAUUGAAUUUUGGUUGGAUUCAAACAAAAUGAUCAUAUUUAUAUCCAAUGUUCCUUUAGCAUGCGCGACAUAGAUCUGCCAUUUACAUGUGGAUGUAUAUAUACAAAUGUCCAUAAUAAUAAGACUUCCCAACAUGUUAUAAUUUUGUUGAAGAGGUUAAAAUAAGUCGCGAUGCAGACAAGCCGGCAAUCUUGACUAUCACUGAGCAAUGCAGGUCGUCAAUUUUGGCUAUCACUGGGCAAUGCAUGUCGUCAAUCUUGACUAUCACUGGGAAAUGCAUGUCGUCAAUCUUGAUCAUUGUCAUUUUGCAUUUCUAUAAAUACAACAAAAUCCUUUAUAUCCCAUGUUUGAUUAAAAUCAUGCUACAUUUGAAUUUAAAAAAAAUUAUCACGUUUAGUGAAACCAAAUAAUGUUUUAUUUAAAGUUCAAACACUUUUAUUGAAUGUGCCUCCAGUGAUUUUGUAUGGUUUGGUUUAAAUAUGUUAUUCAACUUGUGUUUUAGUAUACAUUCAUAUUGCAUAUACCGUAUUAUUGUCUGUAUUUCAAACUGGACUUCCGUCGUCUGUGUAUAGUCUUUUGAUGUUGUUGAUUCAUUGUCUGUGUGCACUUAUAAUCUUCAUUUUUCUAUGUUAACGUUAUUCUAGUUCGGGCUUCAUUGCUACGGAUAAUGCUGAUCAUACGUUAGCCUACACAGGAUGCAAAAACAAUAUCAUCAGCAUAGGUUUGUCUAGGCCUUAGAAAUCGUAUUAUUUAACAUAAUUAUGUUAAUCUAUUAAUUAAGUGAUUAUGCUGUGGUUUGGUAUACUUUUAAACUGUUUUAAAGUAAGCUCGAAACGCUUAAAUCAUAAUGUGGAGUAUGCAUUGUCACAUGCCUUUAAUAAAAAAAUAACUUGCGGAUGGUCAGAAUCGGGAUUUUUCCUUAAUUUCAUUAUUCGUAUUAAGUUGCAAAUGAUUUAAUGUUAUUUCAACAAAGGAAAUAAAUCGCAUUGUGCAUUAUUGCUGAACACUACAAAAAAGUAUCAAUAAUCAUAAUGUCUCAUAUAUACACCAAAAUGUGAAGGAAACAUAUUACUACACCAUUUUUAUGCAUCUUUGUUUAGUAAGCAGUGUAUUGUUUGAUGUGCAUAUGUUUUAGCAUAUUGGUUUGUUAAUUGAAUUCACAUUCAUUAAGCUCGUUUUUGAAAUUGCAUAACGUCGGAAAAAAUACUCAAUACUUUCGUUUACACGUUUAUGAUUGAACCACAUCUUGAAUGGAAAAUAAUGUAAACGCGUAUUGUUGUACAAAUCGAAAUACAAAUAUUUUUGUAUUGCAUGGAUGAUGUUAUUUUAAGAUCAUGGUUUCUAUGGUUUCAUGUAAACGCCAAGUAAAUAUCGCCUUCAUUCAAUCAAUAAUAAAGGAGUUUUCGAACUAA